AAAGGGUGUCUCAGCCGCUCCCGGCGAUCCGGGCGAGGAUAUAAAAACUCUCUCCAAGCCGGGAGUCUCUCACUGCCUCUCCUGACUUGUUCUCUCUGCCUCUCUGAGCGCUGCCCACCACCGCCGGGCGAUGGCUUCCACCCAGCUGGCCUGUGCCACCCCCUGCGAGGCCAAGUGUCCCCAGCCCCUGGCCAGCAGCAGCAACGAGCCGUGCGUGGUGGCCUGUGGCGACUCGCGGGUCAUCAUUUACCCGCCGCCCGUCGUGGUCACCUUCCCGGGGCCCAUCCUCACCACCUACCCCCAGCAAACCGUCGUGGGAGCCUCGGAGCCAGCGGAGGUGGCCGUGACUGAGCCCCCGGCCGUGGCCCCGCUGCCCGCGGAGGUCGCCGGCAGGUUGGAGGCAGCAGGGGACGAAGUGCCAGCCCCGGUGCUGGCCCGUCCCGAGCCGCGCUGCGCCCCCAAAUAUUCCUACACCUACUCUUCCCAAUGGACUCAUCCCUGCAAUUCCUACCGCUCCGAGAAGCGCUGGACGUACUGAGCUCGGGGCCGUGCGAAGAAGCAGCAAAGGAAAUUCUAGAUAAAUUCCAGUUGUUAUUUGGGGUGGAGCUGCAGCAGCGGGCCCGGGGCUGCUCCGGCUCCUCCUGAGGAGCUGCAGGAGCUCAGCCCCCGGGAAAGGCAGGCUCGUGUGGCCAUUCCUCGUUUUUCCUUUAGUUUAGAGCUGUUCUCCCGCAGCUUUCCAGCGUAGUCAUCCGCUUUCCGUGGUGCUUUGGCUUAUCCCGGAUUUUUUACUGGCACUGAGCUUAGAGAGGUGACUUAAAAUGCUCGGAAUUGCACAGGGCGACGCUGCCAAAAGGGAAAUUCCCAGUUUUGACAGGCGGCAUCACUCGGAUGCUGGUGAUUUGCCAGAGCCUCACUGAAACCCUGGAACGAUGCUCUUUGUAUCCUGUACAGUUUUGUUCCACAAUUGUAGGAAAGCUUCUCUUUCCAAAUAAAUUUUUCUGUACCAAAAUA